UCCGUAGUGUCGUUUCCCGCAGAGAGAGAGAGAGAGAGCGAGUGAGUGAGUGAGUGAGAGAGAGAAGAUGGCGGCCGUGCCAAGCGGAGCUGCUGUUGCUGCGUCCGCCGCGGCCGCGAUUUCACACUCGGCCCGGACCACCGCGGGCAUGGGCGCGCCGAACCGAGCGCCACCCGGCUCUGCUAUCGAGCACCAGAGAGGAGCCGGACAGAACGCGGCGUGUAUGGCCGGGCCCGGGCACCCCGCGGUCGGCAGGCCGCCCCCAGCUCGAGUGGGCUACUACGAGCUCGAGCGGACCAUCGGCAAGGGCAAUUUCGCCGUCGUCAAACUCGCCACGCAUGUCAUCACCAAAGCCAAGGUGGCGAUUAAAAUCGUGGAUAAGACGCAGCUGGAUGACGACAACCUGAAGAAGAUAUUCAGGGAGGUGCAGAUCAUGAAGAUGCUGCGACACCCGCACAUAAUUCGCCUCUACCAGGUGAUGGAGACAGAGAGGAUGAUUUAUUUAGUAACAGAGUACGCCAGCGGCGGUGAGAUUUUCGAUCACUUAGUGGCUCAUGGGCGCAUGGCGGAGAAAGACGCACGGCGAAAGUUUAAACAGAUCGUGGCGGCUGUCCACUUCUGUCACUGCAGAAACAUCGUCCACAGAGACCUGAAGGCCGAGAACCUGCUGCUGGACCACAACCUCAACAUCAAGAUCGCAGACUUUGGUUUCAGUAAUCGGUUCUCUCGAGGGCAGCUGUUGAAGACGUGGUGUGGAAGUCCUCCAUACGCCGCUCCUGAACUGUUUGAAGGCAAAGAAUACGAUGGUCCCAAAGUGGACAUCUGGAGCUUAGGUGUGGUGUUGUAUGUGCUUGUGUGCGGCGCGCUCCCGUUUGACGGCAGCACCCUGCAGAACCUCCGUGCCCGUGUUCUCAGCGGCAAGUUCCGCAUCCCGUUCUUCAUGUCCACAGACUGCGAGUAUCUAAUCAGACAUAUGUUGGUAUUGGAGCCGAGCCGCAGACUCACCAUGGAGCAGAUCUGCAAGAACAAGUGGAUGAGACAGGGAGACCCAGACCCCGACUUUGACAGGUUGAUAGCUGAGUGUGAGCAGGUGAAGACGGAGAGGGAGACAGAGCUGAUAAACGAGCAGGUUCUCAUGGCCAUGUCCAACAUGGGACUGGACCGAGAGCGCACUUUACAGUCACUGCACACGGACGCAUACGAUCACUACAGCGCCAUCUACAGUCUGCUGUUGGACAGACUCAAGAGGCACAAAACCCUGCCUGUGGCUCCGCCCGCCACCCCUUGCCCCAUUGGCUACCCCCUCAACACCGUGCAGGAUCAAGCUAACGCUGUUAGCAUGACCGUGCCUCACGUCCAGCUCAUAAAUCCCGAGAACCAGAUCGUGGAGCCUGAAGGGACAAUGGCAUUGGACAGUGAUGAAGGGGAGGAGCCAAGUCCAGAGGCAAUGGCCCGAUAUCUGUCCAUGAGACGCCACACUGUCGGUGUACCAGAUCCCAGGACUGAAAUGAUGCAGGAGGAGCUAAAGUUGCCACCAGGGUUCGUGCGCGCCCCUCCUCAGGCUCCAUUCCCCCAACUGCCCCCCACCAUCACACACAUACCUACCUUCAUGCCAACCCAAAGCCUGCAGCCCACACAGCAGCUCGAGUACAAGGAGCAGUCCCUCCUUCAGCCCCCGACCCUGCAGCUGUUAAACGGGAUGGGUCCGCUGGGUCGCAGGGCCUCGGACGGAGGAGCGAACAUCCAGCUUCACGCGCAGCAGAUGCUGAAAAGGCCGCGCGGCCAGUCGCCCCUCGUCACCAGCCCUCAUCCGAUUACAGCCGUCGCUCCUGUGGAUGAGGAGGGGUCAGACGGAGAGCCAGACCCAGAGGCAGUGCAGAGGUACUUGGCGAACAGCUCCAAGCGACACACAACGCACAACGCAGCGAGCUCGAGCUACACCUCCACCGAGCUCUCGAACGACAUUCUGAGAGCACGCACAAGGGGCUGGACCCCCGAGCACUCACGAUCGUCCUAUAAAGACUGUAACACACUGCACUUACCCAUGGAGCGCUUCUCUCCUGUGCGACGCUUCUCCGACGGAGCUGCGACCAUCCAGGCUUUUAAAGCCCAGCUAGAAAUAAAACAGCUCAAGCAGGAGUGUGAGCAGCUGCAGAAGAUGUACGCUGCCCCACAAGAUGAGAAACUACUGGAGCACACACAGCAACAGCACGUCCUCUACCAGCAAGAACAACAGAUCCUACACCAGCAAAUACAGGCCCUUUCUUUGGGACACGGAGAAAACCAGCCCAGUCUUCUUACCCACCAGCUACAAAGGUUGCGUAUUCAGCCCUCGAGCCCGCCGCCUACGCAUCCCAGCAACCACCUCUUCAAUCCAGCCAAUCAGAGUCCACCACCAGGAAGCCAAGGGAUGAUGCCGGCACACGGUGGACCCUUCCAGCACACCCCUGAUUUGUACCAAUCAUCCGGCGGCAGCCCGCCCCCUUCCGCCCUGCCCUGCAUGACCAUGGCCAGUCAGCCGCCGCCUCCUCAGCCCCCUGGCCCCGCCCACGCAUUAGCCCAGCAGCAGCAGCCGGUGACCAUCCAGGUCCAGGAGGUCGAGCUCGGAGGCGGAGCCCAGAGGCAGAGUUUCCUAACAACACCGUGCCAUCGAGUCCUGGGGAAGCAACUGAGCGCAGACAACGCAGAAACACACAGCCGCAGUCUGGGUCGUUUCCACUGCUCCACAUCGGCGUACGAGCACGCCCAGUUCAGCGUCCAUGUAGGCGCAGGCACCUACAACCCCUACGCCCAGGCGGCGUCCCUCAAAGUGCCCGGCUUGGACGGUUACCCCGGUUACGGCAGCCCGUCAGCCCUGCAGCAGGCGCUGCUGUCUCCGACGCCUCUGGAGUACCGCGUGGCACAUCAGCAACAGCAGCACCACCACGUCACACCCGUACUGCAGGGCCUGCUCUCGCCGCGGCACUCGCUAACGGGCCACGCGGACCCACGCCUCACGCCGCACGACCUCGCCAACCUGCUCAAACGCUCACGGCCAGCCAUGCCCACUAACAACAACAACAAUCCUCCACCGCCACCGGAGUACACCGACAGUCUGCUGCUCAAUCAGGACUAUAGCGACAAUCUUCUGAUGCUGGAGCCGACCCAGCCUCCGUCCGCGCCACAGGCUCCGCCCCAAACACACUACCAUCACCACCACCUGCUGCAGAUUCGGACUCUGCCCUCAGAGUGCCAAGCUCCGCCUCUUGCUCACUCGGAAAGCAUGGAGGAAGACGACGUCGCCACCGCCUACCACGAUGGCCUGCUGGCCGAGGUCGCCACGACGACGCCGUCCAGAGUGGCGAUGGAGGCCGACCCUCGUCCUGGUCAGGGAGACGCGUAUCGACCCCGGGCCUCGCUCCAGCGCCAUCACACCAUCCAGACUACGGAUGACGCCUUCGAUCAGGCAGAAAUGUCUGGAAUGAGCCUAUUGGCCGGGAAGGCGCUAAGCUCCGCCCGCAUGUCUGACAUCCUCAGCCAGACGACUCUGGUCGGAAGCCAGCAGCUGCACCAGAGGGAGGAGUCAGUGUGUAACGUGGAGGACGAUCUGCACUCGGCUGCGUGUUACCCCUCCUCCUGCACCAGCGACAUGCUGCUCACUUACAAACCCCAAGACCUUCAGACCUUCAGCAUGGAGCAGGCCGGCGUCUAACACACCGGUGUGUGUAGUGUGUAUAAAGCUCCACAUCCGUCUCCUGUGUUCAGCUGCAUCAUGCCAAACCUCCAUCGUGUGUGUCUGCGCGUUCGUUCGUGCGUGUGUGUAUGCGCAUGUGUAUGUGCGUGCAUGUGCGCACCCUCCAAGAAGAGGCUCGCUCAUCGUCUCGCUCUUCCCACUUUUUGGAUUGGACGAACCGGGUGACUUCCUCUCCCUCUGACUCCGCCCCCUCUCAACCGUCCUCCUCCACCACCACCUCCUCCUCCUCCUUCGGGCCCGCCCCUUCUUCUGUCUCGUCCGACAUCGCCGUAGCGAGGCGUCUGCACACAGUCCUACGUAGACACAUCUGUAUAAAUAUCACCACACACACACAAACACACACACAAAGCCACAAACCCAAAGUAUUUCACAAAAAGCCUGUCCUUGGUGUGUUUUUAUUUUAUUUUUAUUUUGUUCUUUUAAUUUUCUUGGAAGCGGAGUAGCGGUGGCGUUUCGUAACCCCUCCCCCCAAUCCGCAGCGCUACAACGGAUCAUUCCCGGAGCGGCUCUGAUUAGCAGCCCGGCGCCGCGCGGUCCACUCUGACACGCUGCCGGGGGUGGACGGGCCCCGGAGACCUUCGCCAUGGCACAGGACAACCAGCUCUCAUUUCGUUUUGUUUCGUCCGUCUCCUUCUUUCUCUCUCUCUCUCUCGUCUUUCUUCCUCUUU